CCCCCGAGCAGGAGGAGGAAGAGGAGAACGACGACUCCUUCUUCUCCUUCUUCUUCUUCCCCUUCGGACGCGACGGAAAAAGACGCGACGUUGACUCCGAGAAGAAAGGAAUUAAAGGAAAGGGAAGAGCAGGGGGAAAAAAAAAGAAAGGCGGAUGUGCCUCCGAACGCGCGGCGGAUGUCGUCCUCCGGACUUCCUUCAUGCUAACAUUAAGAGGUCCGAGACCAAAAGGGGGAUGACAUGCAUGUGUCCAGCCUACUAACAUCGCUGACGACUCGCUCGCUAACCGACUGUCCGCCAUCACGACAUGACGGACAUACUGUACACUGGUCCCAUCCCGGCUGAGCGAGGGGAGGGCGAGCUGGCCAUGGUUGUGGGUCGGGGCGAGGCCUCGCCGCUGAGCGGGCCGCCGGAGCGAGGCUUGAUCGCCACCCAGAACUCCCAGCGACCGAGUGCCUGCUGCUUCUGCUGGUGCUGCUGCUGCAGCUGCUCGUGUCUCACCGUCAGGAAUGAAGACGAGAGGAGGCGGCGUAGGAGGAAGAGGAAAUCGCAAGACACCAAGAUGGAAACCAUACCAAACUGUGAAGCUUGCACCAAGCCCUCCUCGGAAGAGAUGCGCCUCUGGUCUCAGUCCUUCGACAAGCUGAUGAGGAACCCGGCGGGUCGCAACGUUUUCCGUGAGUUCCUGCGCACCGAGUACAGCGAGGAGAACAUGCUGUUCUGGCUGGCGUGUGAAGACCUCAAGCAGGAGAUGAACAAGAGUUGCGUGGAGGAGAAGGUGCGCUCCAUCUAUGAGGACUACAUCUCCAUACUGUCGCCCAAAGAGGUGAGUCUGGACGCUCGCGUGCGGGAGGUGAUCAACAAGAAGAUCCACGACCCCGCGCCCCACACCUUCGAGGACGCCCAGUUGCAGAUCUACACGCUGAUGCACAGGGACUCCUACCCGCGAUUCCUCUCCUCCAACAUCUACAGGUCACUCAUCCACGACAGCUCGCGCACUUCGUCCGAGUCCUAAUCCCGCGCCACUUGUGUGGUUUCCCCACCCUAAACCAAGCCAGCAGGAAACGUUUUUUGUGUUCUGUUGCCGUUACUCUCGUUUUGUCGGAACUUAGGGGGGAAAGGAAUGCGAUUUGUGUCAUUCGGAGUUGAAUCUGCGUUAUUGAUCAUGAUUCAUUUUCAACAUGCGAUCAAAUAUGCUUCUUUACUAGGGAUGUCCGAUAAUGGCUUUUUGCCGAUAUCCGAUAUGCCGAUAUUGUCCAACUCUUUAAUUACCAAUAUCAACCGAUAUAUACAGUCGUGGAAUUAACACACUAUUAUGCCUAAUUUGGACAACCAGGUAUGGUGAAGAUAAGGUACUUUUUUUUUUAAAUGAAUAAAAUAAAAUAAAAUAAUAUAAAUAAAUUAAAAACAUUUUCUUGAAUAAAAAAGAAAGUAAAACAAUAUAAAAACAGUUACAUAGAAACUAGUAAUUAAUGAAAAUUUGUCAAAUUAACUGUUAAAGGUUAGUACUAUUAGUGGACCAGCAGCACGCACAAUCAUGUGUGCUUACGGACUGUAUCCCUUGCAGACUGUAUUGAUAUAUAUUGAUAUAUAAUGUAGGAACCAGAAUAUUAAUAACAGAAAGAAACAACCCUUUUGUGUGAAUGAGUGUAAAUGGGGGAGGGAGGUUUUUUGGGUUGGUGCACUAAUUGUAAGUGUAUCUUGUGUUUUUUAUGUGGAUUUAAUUUUAAAAAAAACAAUACUGAUAAUAAAAAAAACCGAUACCGAUAAUUUCCGAUGUUACAUUUUAACGCAUUUAUCGGCCGAUAAUAUCGGCAGACCGAUAUUAUCGGACAUCUCUAUUCUUCACCAUACAUUUUUUUUUAGCGACUACAGAAAACUUUAAUGGUUAAAUACAACAGUGACUCAAUGAUGCCCCCUGUGGAAUAAAGCGGUAUUGCAAGAGAACAACCACCCUUAAGGAGUUAAACAUACAAAAAAAAAACAUUAAAUCAGGACAUCAGAAUAUUAUAUUACUAUCCAAUUUAUUUAUAACUUUUAAAAAAAGAUACUAUUUGUUUUAAUUUUGCACCAAUCAAAGACAACUUUUUUUCUCCACGCCCUCAUUUUUUUUUUUUUUUUUACCGUCCAGCCAAUUGCCUUUUAGAGCCAACGGCAGGAGGGCAUACCUGACUCCGCCCACCUGCAUGCCACACAUUUGCCUUAUAUGGGCAUGCUUCCUCUCCCUGCCAACUGGAAAGCACACUGAGCUUGACUACUGAUUUACAAACUUCAACAAGACUUCUUUUGUUCUUGGAUUUUUUUAAAUAUAUAUUUUUUCCCCCCCUCCUCUCCCUUAAUAGCGACAUUUAAAUGUACCGGUACUCACACUUUUUUUCUCCUUUGGGGAGUUUUCUUUUCCAUGCAAAAAAAAAAAAAAGGAUCUUUGAUGGACUGAAGUGAUCCAACACAUGAUGCAACACACACACACUGCAAUAAACAACUGGAGUCAGCACACACACACACACACACACACACACUAUUUGUAUCACCAUACUUGAGGGCCUAAGACUUUAUUUUUAAUAACAGCGUUUAGUUUUUGUAUAACAAAGAAUAGCAAUGUAAUACAGUAUUUAUGUCGCUAUUCUUUGUACUUUUAAUGGAAGUCCAAACUGUUCAGUAUGGUGAUACACACACACUCACACACCAGGGUGACCCCCCCCCCCUCUGGUUGCUGCUGCUGACCUCUGUGACUUCUCACCUUUGACCUCACCACUGUUGUCGGCGGCCGCUGUGCUUGACUGUGGUCGGUGCAUGGAGGAAGGGGGCGGGCGGGAGGAAAGCUUUUUCUCUUGUGUAAAAAAAAAGUGAAAAGUACAAAAAAAGUCAAGACGAUGUA